AUGGGAUACCGCCAAUGGCUUCCCGGCACCCUGCAGGCGCUCCUCCUGGCGGUCCUCCUCUCGACGCUGCCCGGCCGGACGCGCGCUCUCGAGAACGACUUCUCGGCCUACCCGUCGGGCUCGCAGGCAUGUCUGACGACGUCGGCCGAUGCGAGCGGCUGCACCGGCGACACGGGCCAGCAGCUCAAUAGCUGCCUGUGCAAGAACGGCGGCAACUUCAUAUACGCGACGGCCGAGUGCGUGGCCAAAUCCAGCGCCUCGGACCUCAAGACUGUCUACGCCAUGCUCCAGAGCAACUGUGCCGGCACGGGCAUCACUAUUGCCGUCUCCGAGGAGGCCUUCCUGGCCCAGGCCGCUGCCGCCACGAGCACGACCACGAGCACGACCAUGAGGACUACGACAACCGCGGCGCCCACUACCACGACCGGCACGACCGGCACCUCAACGACAGACUUCCGGACCGAGGCGGCCACCACGACGACUACCAUGACUACUACAACAUCCUCGUCGUCCGCGGCGGGCCCGACAAGUACGGGGACCGCCGACCCCCUAUCGACGGGGGCCAAGAUCGGCAUCGGGGCCGGCAUAGGGCUCGGCUCGGCAGCGGUGGUGCUGGCGGGCGUCUUCAUCUGGGUGUACCACCGCCGGCGGCGCCAGGGCGGCGACCCCAAGGACCACCCGUACAUGAUGGCAGGCUCGCCGACGCCGGGGGCGUACUCGGCGACGUUCGCGCAGCAGCCGGGCCCGCCGCACCCGCCGGGCACGGGGAUCCCGCUGGACCCGAUGAGCGCCGGCGGCUACAUGUCGCCGGGCGGCGUCAGCUCGCUCAGCGGCACCAUGAUGGCCGGCACCUACAAGCCCGAGGACGGCCACGUCCGGCCGCCGUCUUCGUUACACCACCGGCAGGGCAGCAGCAGUGCGGUGCCCCCGGGAGGCCAGCCCCUGCUGGCCGAGCUGGGCACGACGCCGCCCCAUCAGCGCGCGCCCGUCGAGAUCUACACGCCGGUGCCGGUCGAGCUACCGGCGGUGGCCUGGCACGGGCACAACGGGCACCACGCCGAGCUGGAGAGCCCGUCGACGUGGCAGAGUCUGCCGCCAGGACAAUCGCCGUACUCGGCUCACGAGCGGACCCAUUUCUAA